CCCACUCCCGGCUGUCUUUCGAUGAUGCAGCAGCUUCCUCUUCUCCUCCCUGGCCUCUUUGUGGCAUGGGGGGCCCUGCUCGCCUUCCCCAUGUCAUCCUCCAUGCCCUCCUUGCCACCCCCCAUGGAACCCCAGAUCCUCCGACUGCUGGUGACCAUGGUCUUCCAUGACAACACCAGAGCAGCUGACACCCAGGGCACCGCGCUGCUGGGCGAUGUCCCUACCCAUGCCAUGGACUGUGGUACCUGCCCCAUUCGCUUCCACCAGCCCUGGGCCCGUCAAGGGCUGUCCCCCAAGCAGUGGGGUGACCUGGAGAAAGCUAUUCAUCUCUACCUGGUGCUUAUCACACAGACAAUUGUCACCGCGGUGCAAGGGACUGUCGUGAACUUCCCCUUUGUGAUCCAGAUCCUCAUGGGCUGUGAGGUCCUUCCCAACGGCACCUCCCACAGCUUUUACCUGAGCACGCGGGACAGGCACGACUUGGUGAGGUUUGACCUGGCCACAGGUGAGUGGGUGGCCGCACCAGGGGAUGAGAUGGCCCAGCGAGUUUGCCAUAGCUUCAGCCAGAACCAGGGCACAUCAAGCCGGCUGAGGUUCCUGCUCCAGUACACUUGCGUCACUGAGACCCAGAGCUUUGCCUACUAUGGGAAGGAGGCACUGAAGAGGCAGGAACGCCCGGUGGCCGUGGUGUUUGCCCGGCAGUCUCCUGUUGCCGCGGAGCUCUCACUGCUGCUGGUUUGCCGGGUCACUGGCUUCUACCCACGGCCCAUUCGUGUGACCUGGCUGCAGGACGGUGAGGAGGUGACUCCAGGCCCGGGGCUCAACUCCAGCGGCCUCCUGCCCAAUGCCGACCUGACCUACCAGCUGCGCAUAGUCCUGGCCAUUGACCCAGGAGCUGGGCACAGCUAUGCCUGCCGUGUGGAGCACAGCAGCCUGGGGCACCAAGGCCUCAUUGUGUAUUGGGGUCCUGGAGGGCACUGGGCAGUGGGCCUGGCUGUGGGCAUUGCCAUUUCAUUGCUGGCUGCAGCAGGUUUGGCCGCUGUCCUGUGGUGGAUGAGACACCGAUCCACGUGGUCAGAGCAGAGAAACAGUAUGGGACUGUAGCUGUUUCCUGCACCCCCAAGUUCUUCAGUGGCUGUGGUCCUUCACCGAAGCAAGACCAGCCAGGCCCAAAACCCUUUGGUCAGCAAAAAAGGGUUGGUCAGGCUAGAAGCCUGGACACAUGGGUUUCAUGUCAGGUCUUGGAGGGGAUGAUGUCGGGGUCGGGAGUGGUAGUUAGGGUCAGGUUGGGCUGGGAGCCAGGGCACCUGGGUUCUCUCUCGGGUUAUGGAGGGGAUUGGGGUGGUGUGCUAGAGCAAAGGGGACUGGGAAACAGGAUGCCUUCCUUCCCUCCCAGUUGAGGUAUCAAAAUAAAAUCCUUGGGAUCAAU